AUGGCAGAAUCUCUAAAGCGGAUAGAGUACUACCAUGGCUCGGAAAACACUCUUCAGAACCUCGUCGUCUGGGAAUUCCCCGAGUCUACAGCACAAAGCAACUCAUCUCAACAGACCAAGUACUGGCUAGUAUACAUCCACGGCGGCGCCUGGCGCGAUCCCCGCACGGAUCUCGAGGGUGCCAUCCCAGGCAUCAACAAGCUCCUCGGCAAGGAGGACUCGCCCCUCCCGGAUCCGCAAGCCCGCAUCGCCGGCUUCGCAGCCAUCAACUACCGGCUGUCGCCGCACCCGAACCGCACACAGGACGAGGCCUCCGUCCCGGGCUUCGCAAAGCGCAAUGCCAAGCACCCGGACCACAUCAGGGACGUCUGGGCCGCACUGUCCCUGCUGCAGAACAAGUUCGCCUUCGGCAGCAACUACAUCCUCUACGGCCACUCGGCGGGCGCAACUCUCGCGUACCAGGUGCUCAUGGGCUCUGCUGCGCUGAAGGUCGAUGGCAAAGAUGUGCCUGGCGGGAUCGCCGAACUGCCGGCGGAUGUGGCUCUGCCUGUGGCCGUGGUCGGGUUCGAGGGCAUCUACGACAUGGUCGCUCUAAAUCAGCGCAUGGGUGAUGCGUAUCGAAGCCUCUUUGCGGGGCCAUUCGGCGAUGAUGACGAGAGGUGGACGGAGGCCAGCCCUGCGGCCUUCACGGGGAGCUAUAGUGAUAACUGGGGUGGGCCGUCAGGGAAGUUGGCCGUGGUGGCGCAUUCGCCGAGAGACGAGCUCAUUGACAUGCCGGAGGCGGAUCUGAUGGAGAAGAGGCUAAGGCAGGAGGAAGGCUUAUGUGUAUUGGCGUAUCGUGAUCUGGAUGGACUCCACGAUGAGAUUGUUGAGGACGGAAAGUACAUUGCUCGUGUAUUAUUCCAGACUCUUCAAGAGUUAGACAAGGUUUCGAGCACCUCCUGA